UGUCGAUUCAACGAGUAGCCUCUUUCCCAUGUUUGAAGUACGAACGAUGCCUUUUUCCAAGGCUCUUCUUAUCGUUGGACUUGACCUGCGAUGUUACGUCUCUCUCUCCGUCGUGAGGGCUGCAUGUCCGGUGAUUGAAUCUACCGAGAGAAGAAAAAGGAACGAGGAGACCACCAUCUUAACACUGCUUGCUUAUGAUUUACACGUUAUAAAUAUUUCAACGGGUUGAAAUUAUUAGGGAACUUUGUUAACCAAGUGGCCUUUUGCAAAAUCUACCAGUUUAGGCGGCCAUUUUUCUGCAAAAGCUUACCAGUAGCUAAAAUUUUCGAGACGUGAUUUUGUUGUCAAAAACAUUAACGCGGGAACUAUUUAAAAAACAUUUGAAUACUCAUCCCUUCCCUGAGUUCCAUCUACUCUCAGCGGUCUAGAGCUGCUCCACUGCAAAUCAACUGGUGCAUCACUAUUUCCUGUUUGCAGAAGGGCCAACCAUUGCCCAGGCCGGUACCCCAAAAAUCCCUUGGGGCAAGGAAGCUGCAAAUGCAACUGAUUAUCUCGAGCACUCACCGUAUUCUGUUUUCAAGCAGCAGUUCCAUUAAAUUGUAACAUCUGAACUUUUGGACCUCUCUAAACGCCACAAACGAGUGCGGCUUUUCGAGGUCGGGCAGCUGGCUCCAAGCAUCGGGCACCGUCCUCUUUCCGACGUUCCGCCUCUGACUGUGAUUCCAGUGGCUCGCCUCCUACUGUCAUAGACUCCAGCGGCUCACAUCCCUCGUCUGUCAGUCCGGCGACCCACCUCCAGCUUUGUAGAUUGCGAGGACCCACAGGUCUCUUUUAGCAUGCUGACAACAAUGUUUCAUCCAAGAACAAGGUUCAAUCUACUGGCGACAAGGUUUUGGAAUGUGGCAUUUGAGAAUAUGCGGCCUCUUUCUUUUGGAAGAGGUUUCAUUCAUGGUGAGAAGAAAUUUAUCUAUGGGCCUGAAAGAAAUGUCCAACACGUGCAGUAUAGCAGUGAUACUACUGAGAAUCACAGACUAAAUGAUGUAGGAGUUGUUCACAGGCCAGAGGUUGGCGGUAACAUUUCAAAGAGGGAUAAGACAAAAAUUCUUCUUAACAUACAGCUAUCCAGCCUCAAGGAGUCAAAGAAAGCAGUAUAUGGUGCUUUAGAUGCUUGGGUUGCUUGGGAGCAAAACUUUCCAUUAGUUCCACUAAGGCAAACCUUGACGAUGCUUGAGAAGCAGCACCAGUGGCAUAGAAUUGUUCAAGUCAUAAAGUGGAUGCUGAGCAAAGGACAGGGUACCACAAUGGGAACCUAUGAGCAGUUGAUACGUGCUUUAGAUAAGGAUGAGCGGGCAAAGGAAGCUCACGUCUUUUGGGAGAAAAGAAUUGGACAUGAUUUGCAUUCUGUGCCAUGGCGGUUAUGUGAACUUAUGAUCUCCAUUUACUAUAGAAACAAUAUGUUGGAGCAUGGUGUUAAGCUUUUCAAGGAUCUUGAAGCUUUUGGCAGAAAACCUCCAAAUGGAUCUAUUAUACAGAAGAUCGCAGAUUCAUACGAAUUGCUUGGUUUAUUUGAUGAACAGAAGAAAGUGUUGGAGAAGUAUGAUGACUUGGUGAAUGAAUUAUCAAAAGUGAGCUCGAAGAGACGUGGGAAAUGUUCGACUGCUAAAAACAAAAAGAACGUUUAGCUUUCACCUACCUUCUACUCUUUCCUUGAAUCUACAUUGGAGCUUCUUUUGUGGCAAAAUGGCCUUCUGAGUUUUCGAAGAGGUAAGCAAAGGGGAAGAUUUGUAAAUAUAGGUCUGAUGUAAGGCAUACACAAGUUUCGUAAUGUGAACGUUCCUCAUUAAGGUUUUCUGAUAGUAAUGAGAUGACAUUGGCUCGUUGUUGUUCCUUAGAAAGCAACUUCUUGGAUCAGUAUGUUAUCUCAUCAUACAGGGUUUGGUUAGUUCUAUGCAUGGUUUUGCUGAUCAUGUGGAGCAGGUCACUCUGAGCAAUAAGACAGGGAGCUGCAGUCUUGGUUGAUGCAGCCAUUCUAUUCGGGUUACUGGAGAAAGCGUUGAAAAGGAGUGGUUCUAGACUUCUAGUUAUGUUGCCACAAAAGUGGAAAUUGCUUUCUUCCUUUCUGAUGUUUUCCUGUUUCUGAACAUAUCUUGGUGAUAUUUUCUUAUGAUGAAGUGUAAACUUUGUAUAGGCCAUAAAAGGCAUCUGCUUUGCAUUACUUCA